AUGGACUCUUCUCACCCAGCUGUCACCCAGUCCUCCAUCUUGAAGGUAGACUUCGCCUGGUCCAAAUUCAAAGGCCUCAUCACCGACGCCAACGACCCUCAUUCGAAACCUCUCUACAUCGUCGGCUUCCAAAUGCUCCUGCCGCCCCAUCUAACCUUCAAGUCCGGGGAAACCGACACAACCGUCGGAACAGGCACCCUGCACGCAGUCGACAUAAGCCCUGACUACGAACUAAACGGGUUCAAGGGCACGAUCAAGGCCCAGAAGCGGUUCAAAACAGCGUACACGCACCAAUCGCACGCAUAUUCGAACACGGACUCCCCUGUUACCAUGACGUGGACCAGUAACAGCGGGUUCAAAACGUGGGACUUUGUCUGCAUGGACGAGAACCAGAUUGCCGUGGCGAAGUUCUCGGCUAAUAUGUGGGCUGUUAAGAAAGUGGGACAGAUCGAGUUCCUUGGCCCCAAGGCGAAUGACCCUGCUGUGCGGGAUGAGAUUGUUGUCACUGGUGUUACAUUGGCCUAUUGCAUGUGGCUACGGGUGAACAAUGUGUUCAAUCUUGUUGGCUCGAUUUUCCUUCGUCCGGAUCAUGAUAAGAAAGAGCCGACCUCUAAUGAGGAGCAUACCUCUUGA